GAGGCUUCGCUGUGAUACUGGAGCAGUGCUGAGAGCAAAGGGAUGCGCAACUGAACCUGAAAGAGCCUGACUCAAUUCUGAGAGAGAAGCUUGAGAGAACUACAACACCUUCGAGCUCUUUUCUCAAGAUAUAAAUUUCUGCAUGAUGUAAGUCAGUGGUUUCCUCUCAACGACACAGAAUAGAAACAACACACACACUCACACUCUGAUAGAAGCUUGUAGAGGAGUUACAAACGAGCCCAAGGAGAGGCACCGCGGUUCUCUUUCAGGUUCUCUUUGGGGAAUAGUGAGGAACUACUGGAAACUGCUGUCUGAGAGUCUGUAGCCUUCUCUGAGUACAAGAUGCCUGUGAUGAAGGGCCUCCUAGCGCCACAAAACACCUUCCUGGAUACCAUUGCAAACCACUUUGAUGGCACUCACAGUAACUUCCUGCUGGGAAAUGCACUGGGUCGCUAUGGCUACCCCAUCGUGUACUGCUCUGACGGGUUUUGCGAGCUUACCGGUUUUGUUCGGACUGAGGUGAUGCAGAAAACUUGUACCUGCAGCUUUCUCCAUGGGGCUGAGACCCAUGAGAGUGUGACCCAACAGGUAGACAAAGCUCUGGAGGGACAGCAGGAGUACCAGGGAGAAGUCUGCUUCUAUAGGAAAAAUGGAAAUGCAUUUUGGUGCCUCCUGGAUAUCGUGCCAAUUAAAAACGAGAAAGGUGAGGUGGUGAUGUUCCUGUUAUCCUUUAAAGAUAUCAGUGAAUCUUAUGGGAAGAGCCACCACUAUGCCCCGGGAGAUGGUAUGUCAGAGGCUGCUCACCAGAGCAGGAAAAGCAACCGAUCGCACUUUUCCCAAGCUCGACAGAGGGGGAGGACUAUUCUGCACCACCUGACCAACCUGUUCACCAAGAGGGGCAAAAAGAAGCUGACCAAUAGUGUGUUCCAGAAACCGUCUCUACCUGAGUACAAGGUUGCAGCUGUGAAGAAGUCACGUUUCAUCCUGCUGCACUACAGCAUCUCCAAGGCCUUGUGGGACUGGCUAAUCCUACUGGCAACCUUCUACGUUGCUGUCACGGUGCCUUAUGAUGUCUGCUUUGUCAGUCAUGAUGAGGGCAGUGACCAUCACUCGCUUUUCAGUCGCAGCACCAUAGGCAGUGACAUAGCAGUGGAGAUGCUCUUCAUACUUGAUAUUAUCCUGAAUUUCCGUACCACUUAUGUGAGUCAGUCAGGUCAGGUAGUGUAUGACGCCCGAUCCAUCUACCUCCAUUACUGUACCACCUGGUUCUUUGUGGAUCUGAUCGCAGCUUUGCCCUUCGACCUUCUCUACGCCUUCAACAUCACAGUCACCUCGCUCGUGCACUUGUUGAAGACAGUUCGUCUUCUGCGUCUGCUUCGCCUGUUACAGAAACUGGAUCGCUACUCCCAGUACAGCGCUGUGGUCCUGACCCUGCUCAUGUCUGUGUUCGCCCUGCUGGCUCACUGGAUGGCUUGUGUCUGGUAUGUCAUCGGACGCAAGGAGAUAGAAAGCAGUGACCCCGUUACCUGGGACAUAGGGUGGCUUCAGGAGUUGGGAAAGCGUCUGGAGACGCCAUACAUCAACAGCACCAUGGGUGGUCCAUCCAUGCCUAGCGCCUACAUCGCCUCUCUCUACUUCACUCUCAGCAGCCUCACCAGUGUUGGUUUUGGCAAUGUGUGUGCCAACACAGAUGCCGAGAAAAUCUUCUCCAUCUGCAUUAUGCUCAUGGGCGCCCUGAUGCAUGCUGUGGUCUUUGGCAACGUGACGGCCAUCAUCCAGCGCAUGUACUCACGGCGCUCGCUGUAUCACACCCGAAUGAAGGAUCUUAAGGACUUCAUCCGUGUGCAUCGGCUACCUCAACAGCUGAAGCAGAGGAUGCUGGAGUACUUUCAGGCCACCUGGUCAGUCAACAAUGGUAUCAAUGCCAAUGAGUUGCUGCAUGACUUCCCAGAUGAACUGCGAGCUGAUAUUGCCAUGCAUCUGAACAAAGACAUCCUGCAGCUGCCUGUAUUUGAGCGAGCCAGCAGAGGGUGUCUGCGCUCCCUCUCCCUGCACAUUAAGACCUCCUUCUGUGCACCAGGAGAAUACCUUAUCCGCCACGGAGAUGCCCUACAAGCCAACUAUUUCGUCUGUUCCGGUUCCCUGGAGGUUCUGAAAGAUGGCAUGGUCCUAGCCAUCCUGGGCAAAGGUGACCUUAUUGGAGCUGAUCUCCCAGAACAUGACCAGGUGAUCAAGACCAAUGCAGAUGUGAAGGCACUUACCUACUGUGACUUGCAGUACAUCAGUGUGAGGGCUUUGAGGGAGGUCCUCGGGUUGUACCCAGAGUACGGCAGUCGGUUCAGCUCUGACAUCCACCACAACCUCACCUACAACUUGAGAGAGGGCAGUGAAGCUGAUGGAGUAACAAGGUUUCCAUGGACUCCCAGGUCUUCUCAGGGUCAUGUUUCUAUGGACCAUAAACUGCCCUUCAUCAUUGAGGCAGAUGAUGCAGAACAUGGAGAAGACAUGAAACACUCUCAGCAGAGGAGAGUGCCUCUGCUACAGAGAAUGGGCAGCCCUGUUCAUCAGCCCUGCCUCAGCACCCUGUUAGGGGAGGAGCUCCGCCACAUCAACGCACUCCGCCUCUGUCGGUCACCCGUUCAAGGUAGUAGAGGCCACAGCCCCUCUCCUCAGGCAUUCACCAGGGAGGAGCUCUCUUUGUCUCCUUUGCCCUGUCUCACCAGUGACCCGGACUUGAACCAUCGGCCUGCCAAGCUACUCAUGCCGUCUCUGCCUUGUGUUAGUCCACUGAACCUUAGCCCCAGGGUUGUAGAUGGAAUUGAGGACAAUAGUCACACAUUUCAAUUCAAUGUAGAGCAGAGCGAAGCAGAGACUACCGUCACAGAGCAGUUACAGGUGAGCGCUAAUCUGCUCUUGGAAACGGAGGAAGUGAGACAAAACAUAAGCAAACUGAACAAAGAGGUGAACAACUUGAACCAAGAUGUAUCCAACCUUGCCAAGGAGCUCCAUGACAUAAUGCAUUACCUGCAGUCUCAUAUGGCCAUGCUCCAUUAUAACUCUCCUGUUUCCUCGUAUUCCUAUGGCAUACAGAUGGUCCCCAGUCCUAAUGUGACUGCUUCCAGUGACUGGCAGUCUCAUGUCCCUCUAAAUAUAGCCACUGGGCUGCACCUCCAUCAUGAUGCGAUUAGCCACCCUGCUAGAAAUGGGUGGGGCUGCACUGGGAUGCCCUCCCAGGGCAGAAGUCCCACGUUGCUGCACUCUUCAAGCCCUAUGUCAUCCUGUUUACACUUGUGCUGCUCUGACAGAGAAGGGCCCACAGCUCACAGGCUACAGAGCCAGUGUGGCCCCUUCCAAACUACCAGAACAUCUUCAAACUCUUCUUACAUGACCCACUCUCAUGGAGGUCCAUCCCUUUUGGGCCUCAGUCCUGCCUUCAGUAGCUUCCCUGUGAUUUGCCAGGCCCCACAGGGGAUCUACAAUGCCUCUAUUCCUACAAUGAGCAACUCUCACUCCCUAUGUUCCCCAGUAAAUUCUGGCUACACCCAUGCCCCUCUGAGUGUUCAAACCAACUCUGAUCCCACACAUAAUCAUACCAGGUCCCAGACACCCAUCCAUACAUCCAUCACUCCCACUAGCCAGCCACAGUAUCACACUGCCUUCAGUUCUCUCAACCCCUUAGGAGUCCACACAUCUAUAUGCACAGGGCACAUCCCAGGCCAACAGAGCUCUAUCAAUAGUCCCACACAAAAUGACCCAGUAGGAUCCAGCUCUGUGCACCACACACAGGACUUUGCAUUUUCUCUGCUGGACCAGGUAACAGACAGAGAAACUAGAGCUUCACUGUAUCAAGAGAGGACAGACAAUAUUGAAUCUCAGGUAACGGGCAGCAGUACUCCAACCAUAGAGGUUGAACCCCCUCUCUUGGACAUUGAGGGAAUACAAAACCCACAAUGAUGACAUGCAGUAUCUUGUUGUGUUACUGUCUGAAUAUGAUGACUUUAUUGUACCUUUUAGUGUAAAGGAUUGUGUCUCUAGCAUUGAAUUUGUGCAUUUUUUUGUAUCAGGUACACCACAAGACAUUAUUACAAGAUUGAUUUACUGUUGAUAUUCACCUCAAAUCACAUAAAUUAUAGCAGCAACGUGCACAUAGACUUGACAUUCAAGCUACAAGCUAUGGGUAUGCAGCGCAACUCAGUUGUGACAGGUGGUUACCUGACUACCCUGUAGAUCUUCUCCGCUUACAUCUUGAUUCAAAAUGAGAAACAACUGGACCUGCUCAGCAUUUUUAUACCUAUACCACAGAACACAACUGGAUGUUAACUGAAAAAGUAAAAUUUGUGUACCUAUUUUUUAGGGAACCUUAUGAAUGAUAUAAAAAGAACCCCUGUAACAUGUAAUAGAGUGAUUGAUUCACACUUAUUUCACAGUUUUGUCUAUAUUUAAUAGCCUACAGUAAAAUAUGUUGUGCAAAGUAAAAUAUGUGUUUAAUAAUUCAUAAUAUAAGUCAAUAAGACAACCAAGGGUUUACUCAAUGUUACAUGGUAUAUAUAUAUAUAUAUACGCACACACAAUUGUGAUUAUGAUUAUUGCAGUUCCUAAUUGUGACCAGUAGAGGACAGCAAGCACACAUGAUUCAAAUUAGACUCUGGUAAGUCUUCAUCUCUAACUAGUGUCCAGGAAGGCACAAUAUGGUACAGACAAUUCAUGUACCUCACUUUCAGUGAAUAUGAACUAAAGGCUCAGAUAGUACAGGCUCAAAUUAGGGUCAAAAAGAUUUUCAGUGUGUAAAGUGAUACAGAUAAUUCCAAAAGAAAAUCAACCUUUGUAACCUUUAAAAUGCAAUAUUCAAAUUUGUGAAUGUGUAGAAGACAGUUCUGACUCUUUGCUCUUGCUCUUCCAUCUCGCUCCAGAUGACUACACUGAUACAGGCUCAAAUUUGGGUCAAAAUGAUUUUCAGUUUGUAAAGUGAUAAAUAAUCCCAAAGUAAGGCAUACAUCAACAUCAAAAGUAAACUAUGGAAUUAUAGAGAGACUCCUUGGUAAAAUUACAAUAAUAUAUGCUGAUUAUUGUGAAGAUAAUUACCUUGUUCAUGGGUCUCAAACACUUUAAAACAUCUAAAAGCAAUCUAAUCAAAUGGGGGUCUGUGGCCUCUUUGUGUCACUUGGGGUUCUUAAAGUGAAAAAGUUUGAGAACAUACAACAAAACUCCACUGCUGGAAUCAAACCAUGGAUGUUGCGGUUAUGAGACAUGUUAGCCCCCAAAGCACACCGUUAAUUUUUAUUUCAAAUAUUUACACCACUUAAUUAUGUCAGUGUCAGUUGUCACUCUGCUGCUGUUCAGAUGUCACGGAAAAGUGAAAAACAAACAAGUUUGUAAAUAAAAACCUG